AAAACAACUCAAACUUCUGAAUCCUACAGUCUAUAAAAUACUUUCACCCAUCACUAAUAGUCUGGAUUUAAUGCCGAAAGGAGGUUUCGUGCCUUAAAAUGUGCUAAUUUUAGCUUCUGUCCCACUCCUCGUUCAGGAAUGUGGGAGAGCAGGUUGCAGAAUGAGCGUCUGGUUCUGGAGGAGAGCAACACUGAAGGAGAGGAGAAGGAGGAAGAUGGGUGACUGCGUCUGCAGCUAGCUGGAGCUCACAACACGCAGUUUUCACCCGAAUGUGUCAACAGAGACUUUCCUAAAAAAGCAACAAGAAAAAAAGAGAAAUGAAUCUGAACCAAACGACCUCCUUCAGCUCGACUCCAAACAGAAAACCUGAAGUCCCGAGUUACUUCGCCCUCUUGCCUCUUGUUGUACUCGCAAUGAGUAGCUGCAUAGUGGCAGUGGUUUUCUACUUGAAAAGGAGAUCAAGACUGGAUGAGCUGCGCCACCAACUGAUUCCGGUUUACACCUACGACCCCGGAGAAAACCAGGAAGACUGGAGAGAUUAUGACAAAGACGAAGAGGCUGAACUUUUGUACAAGGACUCACAGCUCUCCUUUGAUGGAAAAUGAAGGCCUGACUGACAACAAUGCAACCCGCCUGCUGCUGCUGGAUUGAUCCAUGUGCUGUAUUGGCCAUCAGAUGGCGCCACAUUCUUGAUUUUUGCCUCAAAAUGUUUUGAUUUUGUCCUUUUUUUCUUACGGGACCAAACAGAUUUUUGUUGUUUUUAGUCAAAGUAGUGACUAAAAACGUUUUACAUAAAUAAACUAAGAAGUGCAAUCUGG